AUGCUCGGAAACGCGAAAUCGCUAAUUCGAUUAGCAAUGGAUCCAGCCUUCGAGACCCGAUUUUCUGGACCGCUUGAAGUUCAACAGGAGUUCAAAUGGCGUUCCGGAUGGGGAGUGUUGAAAGCGAAUAUGCUCUUCGUUUUUAAUCGGAUUGGCAAUCACAAAGUGGAAAGCGAGCCACCGUUUCUUCUGCUGAUCAUCGAGGAUUGCUUUGUGGAGCUCGGCGAUGACAAUCAGCUUGGCAAAGAGUUCACUUUCAAAAUCAAUUUUAAGACAACCAGACGAGUGUACGUGCUGGGUGCCGAAUCGUUCAAAUCGCUCGGGAAAUGGGUUUCCUUGUUGACGAUCACCCCAACUGAGUACAUCAAAAUCACCACACAAUCGUUUCAGGCUCAAAUCGAUGAAAGAGAGGCAAACGAUGAGAAAAAAUCCUCU